CAGGAGAUCCACCAGGCGUGUCGCUAUGGACACGUGCAGCACCUGGAGCAUCUCCUGUUCUACGGGGCCGACAUGGCAGCGCAGAACGCCUCGGGAAACACCGCCCUGCACCUCUGCGCCCUCUACAACCAGGAAAGCUGUGCCCGGGUUCUCCUCUUCCGAGGAGCCAGCAAGGAAAUCCGGAAUUACAACAGCCAGACGGCGUUCCAGGUGGCCAUCAUCGCAGGGAAUUUCGAGCUGGCGGAAAUCAUCAAAACCCACAAAGAAUCCGAUGUCGGUGAGUUGGAUUUUUCCCGGUUUUCCCGUUUUUUUUUUUCCCUGUGGAUCCCAGGGAUGGAUUGGGGGGAGUUUUCCUGGAUUUUUCCCGGUGUUGUAUCCAUGGAUUUUCCCGGUGUUGCAUCCAUGGAAGCUGCAGCUGCUUUGGGUCUUGGAAAUGUCCAAGAGAUUCCUGUGGGAUUCCGGUUUUCCCGGCCUGGCCGACAUUCCCAAACUCUGGAAUUUGCUGUAAAAUCACGAUUUUUCGCAUCCCUGAGGGAUUUCAUUCCCAAAAUCCUGGGAUUUGGGGCGAGGAGGGAAAAUCCUCCGGGAAUAGGAGCAAAGCUGGGGUUGUUCUGGUUGGAUUUGGGGGUUUUUUUAAGGAAUUUUUUUGGAAUUUUGGUGCUUCAGAUCUCCUUUCCCUUGGGAGAAAUUCCAGGGAAAAAUGGGUUUGGAUCAGGAAUCAAAUCCCCACUUGUGGAGUUUCCUUGGAUUAUCCUGAGGAAUUCCCGGAUCCGGAGGUGCCGGUGGAGGGAGCGAUGGGAAUUCCCGGCGUGGAGUCACGGGAUCAGCAGCUGGAAAAAAGAAUUCCGGGAAAAAAAAUUCCUGCCCGGCACAGAAUUCCCAGAAAAUUCCCUGCGGCUGCUCCUGGAUUCCUGGAAUUCCAUCCCCAAGUUUGGGGCAGCCUGGGAGGGAUUGGAUGGGAUUUAAGGAAUCGGAAUUCCCGGAAUUCCAUGAAAACGCUGAAAUGAAGGAAAACAGGGAUCGCUUCUUAAGGAAUUCGUGGCAGGAAUUGAGCUUGGCUUAAUCCCAAAAAUCCUUUAUCCCAAUUUUUUCCUUUCCCAGCUCCUUAUUCCCGAUAUCCAAAACCGGGAAUUUGGGGCGGGGAUAGAAAAAACCGGGAAAGGAUUUUUUGGGGAAGAGCCUGAGAAUUCCUUUGCCUGCAAGGUCACGGAAUUAAUCCAAGACAAAAAAAAGUUUGGGAAUAAACGACCUCCAAAAUCCCGACCUAAAUUCCCCUCGGUUGGAAUCCGCACCUGGCGCCGAGCGGCUCCGUGAUUUUCCUUGGAAAAAUCCCAAAAAAAAAGCAGGAAAAGCUGUCGGGAAUCAGCUCCGGAUAAAAUAGGUCAGGGAAGAAUUCCAAACUAAUUCCGAUCCCAGCGGGUCCAGCUGGUCCCGCCGGGAGCUUCCCGGGGUUUGGAAAUUGGGUUUGGAAUU